CCUUGGCUCAGUGUUACGUCAGAGGUCCAACGAGUCGGCCACCCGCGCGUACCACAACAUCAGAUACGUGCGUAUCGCCCGCUGUAUAGAUACCCACAUAACCCUUGCGUAGUGUGGUGUGGCCCGUCAGAUCGCCACCGAAACUUUGACAGAAAACAACCACGGGCGCGUAUAUAGGUGCGCUUUCGGUCGGAAUCAUCGUAAUCCACUGGAACAACCGCCAUCUAUAUAACCCGUGCGCUGCCGCGAUUUCUUUUGAGGGGUUUUUCUUUCUCCCGUUUCUUGUGCGCAAGACUUUUUCCUUCGCGUACCCAGUACCCUCUUGAUGGUGAUUGACGUCCCGUCUUCGGCGUGCAUCGUCUGACUUAUUUGAUUCGCCGCUUCAGUGACUUUCGUCGGUGUGUUUUUUUUAUUCGAUUCCCCAUGAACAUUUGAGGAAACUAUAAAGCAGCAGACAAGCCAAUCGUUUCUUAUUUCGAGCCGAAUCGUUAUUUUUCUUGGCCGCUUGUUCUGCUACGCCCUGUGUCCAACUCUGUGUACAAGGACGGACCGCAAAGCUUUGAUUUCUCGCAAGCUUCCCAACGGAACAAGAGUCGCAAUAUGGUGACUGAGAGCCAUUCGCACCAUCAUUCUCAGCACAUUCAACAGCAGCAGCAACUGCAGCAGCAGCGCAGCAGCCGAUACCUCCAGCAUCAGACGUCGUCUCACCACCAAGGCGCCAACGAGGAGCGCGCCAUGGUGAUCCAACAGCACAGCAUGUCCGGCGAACCGCAACGCACCAGCCCCUCUGGAAAUUCUCAGCAGCACGUCAACAGCCUCUCGCAUCACAACGCUGCCAUGGAGGAGAGAGCCGCCGCCCUUCAGGCCGCCGCCGCCGUUGCAGCCGCCGUCUCCGGUUUCAGCUCGGCCAAUCUGUCGGUCGGCAUGGACCUCUCCGGACUGGUGCCCGUCGGCCUCAUGAACCACUUGCAGCACAACAAUGAGCAGCAGCAACAGCAGAACAACAACAACAGCAACAACAACAGCAACCAGCAAAGGAAGCAGCGCGAAUUCAUUCCGGACAACAAGAAAGACGACAGCUACUGGGACCGGCGAAGACGCAACAACGAGGCAGCUAAACGCUCCAGGGAGAAACGCCGCCUCAACGACAUGGUACUGGAGAGUCGAGUGCUGGAGUUGACCAAGGAGAAUCACAUCCUUCGCGCCCAGCUGUCGGCCGUCCGCGAGAAAUACGGAAUCAACCCGGACGGUCUGGUUUCCAUCGAUCAGGUGCUGGCCACCUUGCCGUCGCCCGACCAGGUCCUCAGCCUGCCACGUCCCCGCUCUCGCCUCCUGUCCGGCAUGAGCCCUUCGAUGGGCUCCGGCCGCGGUGGCGGCUCUGUCUCGCCGGCCCCGAGCAAUCGCAGCCUGUCGCCACCCAUGUCGCAGCAGUCGCAACUGCUCUCGCACCAACCGCAUCACCAGCAGCCGCACCAGCAACAGAGGCAGUCGGUUCUCAUGUCGAUGAACCGAUCGCACAGAUCUCCUAGUCCGCCCAACGUUGGAUCUGGGCAAGGAUCUGGCUCGCUGUCGAUGCAGCAGCAGCAACACGCUUACGCCAGCAACGGACACCAUCACCAGCAGCAGCAGCAGCAGCAGCACGGCUACCGUUACCAGUCGGUCGGCGAAUCGGCCGCGGCCGGCGCCAACGUGUUCCAGCAUCACCAGCAUCAUCAGCAUCAUCAGCACGCUCAGCCAAUGAAAGCACAGCAGCGGGUAAUGGAGAGGUCAUUGCCGCCACUGCCUGCUCUGACUCCUGUCCCAGGGAUUUCCCCCAAUCAUCACUUGGAAGCCGGAGCCUCGCCGGCCGAAGGCGCUCACCCACAGCACGGCCUGGCGGUCGUCGACAGGACGGGCUCUAGCGGAAAUGUCGGGCCCGUCGCUGCUUUCUUCGACCUGUGCUCGUCGUCGAGCAGCAGCAGUUCAAGCAGUUCGAGUAGUCAUCCAGGAUCGAGUAGUGGCGAAGACGGAAGUCACUCGCCCAUCGACCCGGCCGUGGCCGCCGGCCGCCUCUUGCCGCUCAAAUUGCGACACAAAACCCACCUGGGCGAUAGGGACGUCACGGCCGCAACGGCUUCUGCCGCCGCUGUUCUCCUGACGCUGAAUGAGAUCAAACACGAGCCGGAAGGCAUCGAUGACAGUCCCUCGGCGGUGGAGUCGACGGUGGAGAACGUGACGUCCGAGAUGAACAACAACGUCAGCGAUCAUCACAGCCAAGUCCAUCACCAUGGCCUUCAUCACCACCCAGAGCACCACCACCACCACCACCACCCGCAACCUCACCUACAAUCACACCCGAACCCCCACCCGCACCAACAGCUUCACCAGCACCAAAGUGGCCGGCGUUCGACCGAGUCGAGCGACGACCGCGAUUCGGGAAUCUCAUCCGGCGGCGAUUGGUCGUUGCCGCGCAGCUCGUCGCGAUUCAGCAGCAGCAGCAGUGGGAGCACAGCCAGCGUCACUGGCAACCACGGCAACAACCCCGCUCAUUCGUACCAGCCACUGCAACAACAACAGCAGCAGCAACAACAACCUGCUUCGAAGCGGAUGCGAAUGAGCUCCAAUUCACCCCCCAUCCAGCACCACGCGCAACAGCAGCAUCAGCAAGCUGUGCAGCGGCGCUUCGUGGGUUCACGAGUCAACCAACAGCAGCAGCAGCAGCAGCAGCAGCAGCUGAUGGGCAACCAAGAGACGGAGGAGGAAGAAAACGAUGCAGCUUCUGGAAUCAAUCACGAACGGUUGGUGAUCGUUGGCGGCAACGAGUCGUCGGACGAGAACAACGAUGAACUUCGUUCGCACAUCGCCCGGCUCGCCUCCGAACUGGAGUCGCUCAAAACAAUGAUGCUCGGCACUGGAUCGGCCUCCACCAUGAGUUCGUCGUCGGCCAUGAGGACCAACAAAACCAACAGCACCAGCAACUUUCGGCUCCAUUGAACGCAAAAUCCACCAUCUCCUUGCAAAUAUAUAUGAGGGGGCAAAAGGACAUGUCGACCUAGUCGGUUAUACCUAAACAGUAAACAAGUUCUGUCCACCAAAUGACGACACAAAAACGCAAACACGAAACACACACAAAAAAUAUGGAAACUGACAUCAUUGUCAUUUUGCCAUUGGGGGCCAUACAAAAUUACACUUAAAAAAUUGGGCUCGCGUCAGGCAAGACUUAACGACUUUGGGCGUACCAGAAAAAAAAAAUGGUUCGCUCAAUAGGAGUGUUAUCCCAUUCGAUCAGAUUUCCAUUACGUUAAUACGUUAUUUCUUAUUUGCGUUACAUAUAGUUAUACACUUCCCUCAAACUCUCAAUCGACAAAAAAAUAAAAAUGAUUGUACUAUACGAAAUGUAUUAUGAAAAAGCUCUCGGAUUCAAUCCGCCAAAUUAAGAUUUCAUUUCGAAAAAUAACAAAGAAACCAAAAACAUUUCAAGACAAGAAAAAAAGCAAAAAAUUUGGGAAAUUGUUGCGAGAAAUGAAAGAAAAAAAAACUAACAAACAAAACGAGCGAUUUAAACUUCCCUGCCUGUCUAUAUAAAAUAAACAUUUGUUUAGCAUUCGACCCUAUAUUAUUCCCUCGGUUCAAUCAAUUUAUCGUGAUCGAAUUCGUCGAAUUGUUUUUUUUUGUUUCUUUUUUUUAAAUUUAAUUAUUAAAUCUCUAUUCUUUUAUACAAAUUUCAAAAUACCUUCUUCACAUACACUUAUUAUGUAUUCAGCGUGUACGUAUAAAUUGCCUCAAUGUCACUGCUACAGUAGUCAUUGCAUUUUUUUGCGAAUUGCUCAAAUCGUUCGCUAUAUCAUGGCAAGAAAACGACAAUAGCAGAACCCGUGUUGGGGAAAGCUAUACAAAAAAUAAAGAGACAGAAAAAAAAAACAUCAUUUCUCCUUUCGAAAUUCCCUGCUCCAAGAUGAACCCGGGAAAUUUUUUGAACGAAUCGCUCUUGUUUGUAUUAUUAAAAACAUCUUGCAUGACGAACGCUUGCAUUUUUUGCGCUUCGUAUUGUACAUGUAUAGUUUCGGUUAGCAGAUUUCUAAAGGUUUGUUUUGAUGUCCCUCACCUCUUCAUUUCCCUCCCUUAAUCAUCAUUAGCCGCGGUUCAGUUUGCGUUUGUUUUGUUGCUGGAACUUUCAUUGUUAUUACUACACAUACUACGUGAUCUUCUUUAUAUUACCCCAUCGACUGUUGGGCCAUCGGUUGGCCGGGCGCAAACAGCCCCUUUUUUUGGUCUUGAGUUGAUAUAAUUGAUACAUAGUAUAUAUAUAUUAUGUCACCAUUUCGAUGAUGUUAUUAUUGCCCGUUUCGCCUUCAGUCUCCGGUCGUGCUGGACCAGCAUGAAGUGUCAUGUGCGUUACGUCUAUCGUCCAUCGUAUCAUUCGCCGUGAGGUAAUGGUAACGGUGAUGCUGACAAAGCAGACGAUAUAUGAUGUCGUGGAUGUGCGUUAAAUUGGUUGUCUUUCUUGUUUCGAUUCCAAUCCCUCCUCUCCUACCAGAAAAUUUCUAAAUGAAAUCAAUGCCGAGACUUGAGAUAUGUAUAACUAAUAUACUUGUACUACACUGUGCACUCUGCAUAUCAGUGAUGAUGGCGGUGUGCACUUCGAUGCUAUUUACAACACUUUUGAAUGUGACACACUAUUCUUUUAUUAGACGUUAAUCCCUACAUGUGUAACACACAGACUCAAAAUCAGGCAAAAUCGCGCUGAACCCACACCCAUGCGUAUGUUGUAUGUAGGCCUAUGAUGGUCUCGAUAAUAUGAAGAAAAAAACUUGUGUGAUGACACUUAAUGUGACUGAAAGUGAUUUUUGUGCAAAAUUGUGGUAAUUUCAUAUGAGACAAAGAAAAAACAAACAUAUGAUAAUAUGAUAAUGAUAAUAACAGAUGGUUUGGCUUUAUUGUAAACUAUUAAGUCUAAAUGUACAAUAAACCGUAUUACUUGGUUAUCAA